CAGGACCUCUGGGAGUCUUGGUCGCACCUGGUUUCCCUCCUUCUAAAUGAAGGCUAGAAAGUAUCAGUUCAACGUCUUGCAAGGCAUGGAAAAGUCAGGUGUGACAAUCGCUCUUGGGAAUCCACCUUCUCGUCAUGGGAAUUCCUCCGGCGUGGCUUAUCUCGGCCCUUGCCAUCGAAGAAAGGUCAGGAGCGUGGAGUAUGAACCGGACCGAGUAUUAAAAUGUCCAGAAUGUCCCCGAUCAUCUAGACAAGAAGGAAUCUCCAGUCAGUGUUCACCGAUCAAGUCCACCGAUCAAAAAUGAUUGCCAAAGUCCUUCCUCUCGCCCUCCUCGCCGGUGCAGCCUCGGCCGCUUGCCCUCUCUCGGUCCAGAUUACUGACUCAGACAACCAUGUCGUCAACGUGGCGGUGACAAACACGGGCAACGAGACUGUCUCGGUCUUCAGGGGCAACACGGUGUUCAGUGAGCACGCUACCAAAGAUCUUUUGGUGACUGACGCUGAGGGCAACGCACUUCCGUUCGAGGGCAUCUACGUCAACUACAAGCGUACAGGCCUUGCAGCCAGCUCGUUCCAGAAGAUCGAGGCCGGCCAAACGAUCACGGUUUCCGUCAACCCGGCCAGGAGCUACAAGCUUCACGGCAUCUCGCAGGCCAAGGUCACUGCGAUCCAGGGCUUCCGCUACGCAACGGGGGCCAGCACGCCUUCUUCCAUCAAGGAGUUGUCUCUGUGCGCGGACGUCCUGUCGGGCGAGGUGGACGUCACCCCCGAUCAAUCCUCUGUUGCUAAGCAGCACAUUUCGUACAAGCGCGAUGUGCCCGUCUCGUCUCGCAUCCAGAAGCGCGCGAUCACGUACUCGUCGUGCUCCACCUCGCAGACUACUGCUCUGAAGACUAGCGUCACCGACGCCAUCUCCAUGGCCAAGGCCGCUUACACCGCCGCCAACACCGCCGCCUACUACUUCACCACUUGGUUCAUCUCGACCUCCAACGAGGCCAAGGUGCGGACCAUCUACAACAGCGUGGCCAACGUGCAGACCACCUCGCCCAAGAUCUCGUGCACCGACACCUACAGCGACUGCACCGACGGCUCCGCCCUGCUGUACACCGUCCCCUCGGCCAACGUCAUCGUGCCGUGCCCCAACAACGGCUUCUGGGACUUCCCCGAGCUCGCGCCGCAGUGCUCCGGCGACGACUACGACAGGGCCGGCAGCAUGCUGCACGAGAUGACGCACCUGUACGGCACGACCGACUGGGCCUACGGCCCGACGGCCGCCAAGGCGCUGUCGGCGACCAAGGCCGCCGCCAACGCGGACACGUACGAGAUGUACGCCGAGAGCGUUCGUCUUGGUGGCUGCACCACUGGCUAAAUAUCUGAGGUCUGCGUAUCAAAGGUGUCUGGAGGUGAUGUGUGAGGGGUUCGCUUGAUGCCAUACAGGUUCCGUUGAAGUACCACUUUGGCUGGUAUCUCCCGUGGGUUCACAAGGGCUGUCUACCUCGUCACUGGGCUUGUUCGGAGAGGACUACAUCUUGUUCUGCAGGAGUAUUGAACCCACUGCCUCCACACCUACACUCAUAUUUACGUGCAAUAUUUAACCCGUAUACCUACAAAGCAAGACUAAGUGCUGGAUCAUAGUGCUCACAGUGUGUGGCUUGUUGAAAGCCGAAUGAACAGGGUCCCAGGAAACAUUGUCAGUUCUGCGAGAAAAGAACAACCUGCUUAUCUCCUUCUCUUUCCCGCAAGUGCCAUUAUCUCACACAUGUCCUUCUCAACUAUCGAUAUUCGAUUGAUUCGACAAGGACGUGGAAAGCUGUUCAUCGCCGUCAUUUCCUCUCUCAUCCAGU